AUGGCUCCCGAGAAGCGAAACAAGUUCCUCGACGCCGACGAGAGUGAAGACGAUCUCGACCAGGGCUACGACUCCGAGGCCGAGGACCUGCGCAAAGGAGGUCGCAGCGCAAAGAGACGCAAGGUCGACUCGGACGAAGAAGACGAUUUCAGCGACGAGGAGCGUGAAGUUCCCACCGUUGCCGCCGAAGACGACGAUGAGGCAGACGACGACGAUGAAGCCGCAGACGCAUCAACCUCAAAAAAGCCCACCACAAAAUCCCCCGCAGACCUCCUCCCCGACGUCACCCGGCCCCUCACGAACAAGAACCUCGUGCAGUCCGAAGAGGCCGUCAAGAAGUCGGGCGUCGUCUACAUCUCGCGCAUCCCGCCCUUCAUGAAGCCGCAGAAGCUGCGCUCGCUGCUCGAGCCGUACGGCAAGAUCAACCGCAUCUUCCUCGCGCCCGAGGACCCGGCGGCGCACGCGCGGCGCGUCAAGGCCGGCGGCAACAAGAAGAAGUCGUACACGGAGGGCUGGAUCGAGUUUGUGCGCAAGCGCGACGCCAAGGCCGUGUGCGAGCUGCUCAACGCGCGCACGAUCGGCGGCAAGAAGGGGUCGUACUACCACGACGACAUCUGGACGCUCAAGUACCUCAAGGGGUUCAAGUGGAGACACCUCACGGAGCAGAUCGCGGCCGAGAACGCGGAGCGGACGAGCAGGAUGCGCGCGGAGAUUGGCAAGGCGAGCAGAGAGAACAAGGAGUUUGUGCGCAAUGUGGAGCGCGCGAGGGUGCUGGACGGGAUUGCGGCUACGAGGGCGAAGCGCGGGAAGCAGCAGGAGAAGCAGGGGGCUGGCGCGGCGGAAGCGCCAGAGGCGUCUGCUGGCGGCGGCGGCGGGGAGGGGGAGAAGAAGAGGCGGACGGUGUUCAAGCAGAUACCCCUGGCGGAGAGGAAGAGCGGCGAGGCUGCUGCGGCUGGGAAGCCGGCGGGGGAUGUUGCGAGGGUGCUCGGCAAGAUCUUUUGA